AUGGAGGUCAAGAGGGAAUCAAAAGACCAAGAAGAAGCUCACCUAUCUAACAUACGCGGUCUUGUCCAACGACUCAGCUGUUCACAGGAACAGCAACAUGAAGUUCAACAACCUCAAAAAUUGCAGGGGGGAUCACUGAAGAAACAAGUGAGAAGAAGACUCCACGCGACUAGGCCUUACCAGGAAAGAUUGUUCAAUAUGGCGGAAGCGAGAAGGGAGAUUGUAGCUGCCCUCAAAUUGCAUAGAGCCUCCAUGAAGCAAGCCAAUCAACCCCAAAGCAUGGCAGCAACAUCGACUUUGCAAGGGAGAUCCCAUGAGCUUGUGGUGGGUUCUAUAAGAAACUCCAUAAACCAUCCACCUGAUGGCGCGUUAGCCAAGUACUUUCAUGCCUCUCCGUUCUUACCAAUGAACUCCUCUUCUCCCUUCUCCUCGACUUAUCAACUCAACUUCUGUUUGCCUGAUCAGCCAUUAGGACUCAACCUCAAUCUCCAAACUUUUCAAAAUCUUGAUGCCUCCAUUUACCACAGCAUUCAUAAUCCAACACCGGCUGAACCAUCAUCAUCACAAGCUUUGUUGUCUUCUUGUUCAAAUGCUUCUCCUAAUGCAGUGCCAGGCACCAAGCAAUCAUCGCAUGUUGCAUUCAAUCCUUCAUCAGUUUCAUUGCACCAAGCAAUAGAUGAGGAGGAGAUGGCUAAAAUUCAAUCAAUUGGAGAGCAACAUGAUAUGGAGUGGAAUGAUAAAAUGAACUUGGCAACAUCAGCAUGGUGGAGUAAGUUCUUGAAGAGCAUGGAAGGCGGCACCGAUGAGGGUCAGUGUGGAGCCAAUGGAAAUUGUAUCUAUGCCUUCAGCGAGACCUUAGACAUGCCAUAUCGGUUAAAUGGUGGUGUUGGAGAGGAUGCAAAGGAAAGCUCCCUAUCUCAACAACACUUGGAUGACUAUUUCCAUGUUGAUGAUUACCUGCAAGAUGCUACUCUCGGAAGCUUGGAUACUGGAGAAGUUGAAUAUGGAAGAGAAUGAUUAUUAUAGUGGGAUAGACAAUUUUGACAAAGGGCAUCUCAUCACAGCUCCAUCACAUUGAUUUGGACUUAGAGAUGGCAAUAUAUGAAACUUAAAUUUAUUGAAGAAAUUAUGUAUCAAAUAAACUGGUUUUCUAUAGUCUAUAGUACCCAGAAAAUGGUUGAAAAAGAUCAAUGUAGCAGACAAACAGUUGAGACAUUACAGCUUCUUGUUGUCAUAGAUAUUAGAUCGGAAGAAUUGAGUAAAACUCAACUAUA